AUAAAAUAUAAAACUAAAUACUAAAAAAGUAAUUUUAUUAAGUUUUGUGCAUCAUCAUGAAAUGGGCUCUGUACAUAGUGUAGUAUGAUAAAUCCCUCUCUUUCUCUCUGCCCGUUUCACCCCUUUAUAGAAAAAAACCAGUGAAUCAUUCUUCUACUUCUCCAAAAACAGGUUAACAACAACACAUACACAUCUCUCUCUCUCUCUCUCUCUCUCUCUCUCUCUCUUCUUCGUUUUAUAAUCUCCUUCUUCUUCUUUAUUUUCCGCCAUUUCUGUUAUAUUUCCUUUCUUUUUUUAGGUUGCCGAGAAAACGCAGGAAAAUAAUUCUGCAGAACUCGGUGACCCAUUCUCCCUCUAAAAUUCUUUUUUUUUCAGUUUUUCGACGAUCUUUAUUGGUUAAUUACUAAUGGCGGAGGAACAUCCAUGUCAGACGCCGGAAGGCCACCGUCUCUGCGUUAACAACUGCGGUUUCUUCGGAAGCUCAGCCACCAUGAAUCUCUGCUCCAACUGCUACGGCGACCUCCGCCUCAAGAACCAACAGCAAGCUUCCAUGAAAUCAACCGUCGAAUCCUCCCUCUCCGCCGCAUCUCCUCCGUCGUCCUCACCGGAGAUCGCGCCCGUCCUCCAAAUCCACCCGGCGGAACCGCAGCUCCCGGCGACGGAAAAACAAAUCCCGACGGCGACGGAGGAGCGGCAGCAGCCGCCGCCGCCGCAGCGGCCUAAUCGGUGCACCGCGUGCAGGAAACGGGUCGGGCUGACCGGGUUCGUGUGCCGGUGCGGGACGACUUUCUGUGGGGCCCACAGGUACCCGGAGGUUCACGGGUGCACGUUCGAUUUCAAGACGGCUGGGCGCGAGGAGAUCGCUAAGGCUAACCCGUUGGUCAUAGCCGCGAAGCUCCGGAAGAUAUGAUCUGAGCCGUUGCUUUGCGUUUACCGUGAAAAAGUCCCCCGAUGCUCUCUGUGAAUCUCAGCCGUUCAAGCAUGGUUGUUAUGUUGAAACAUACUUUAUGUUACGGACAUGUGUAGUUACGUAACCAAAGGUUUUCAUUCACCUUUUUGAUUAUUUUCUUUUUCUUCCGGAAGAAUUUUAAGUUUGAUAAUUGUGUGGCUUAUGCUUGUAAAAAAGAAAAAGAUUUUAUUUUGGGGAAAAAAAAAAGAAAAUAUGUAAAAUUGUGUGUCUCGCUUUUUUAAUAUUUAUUAGCAACAA